GCGAAUAUAAAACUGAAGAGCUGGCGGAAAAUGCAUCUCACAUUUGAGCUGAGUUCUCGUAGUGCAGACACCUCCAAAACAGAGCUCCCUCAGUCACAUCCUACUUCGCCAUGUUUGCCCAGACUCUUUUCGUUUUGGGACUGAUCCUGUCCGCGGUGGUGGCCAUUCCCAUUGAUCCAUAUGGUCUGUCUUCUCCUGGACUCUCCUAUGCGGCUCCUAAAUUGUUAGCUGCUCCUGCUAUUUCUUAUGCUGCUCCUAAGCUCCUGGCUGCUCCUGCCAUCUCGUACGCUGCACCAAAACUCCUAGCUGCUCCGGCCAUCUCUUAUGCCGCUCCUGCCAUCUCCUAUGCUCCUAAGGUCCUGGCUGCCCCCGUUGCCGUGGCCAAAGUAGCUGUUGCCGAGCCCUACGAUCCGAAUCCGCAGUACAGCUUCUCGUACGGAGUAACCGAUCAGCACACCGGAGACUCCAAGCAGCAGGAGGAGACCCUGGUAAACGGUGUUGUCCACGGCAGCUACUCCUUGGCCGAACCCGAUGGCACCAUUCGCAAGGUCACCUACACCGCCGAUAAGGUCAAUGGCUUCAAUGCUGUGGUGGAGAAGAAGGGUGUGGCCGCUGUGGCGAUUGCCAAGCCAGCUAUUGCAGUUGCCGCGGUUCCUGCCAUCACCAAGAUUGGAUACGCCUCGGCGCCUGGUCUGAGUCUGGGUGGAUACCACUAAGAAGUGAACCACAGUGGACCGAGCGAUGACAAACUCUUUGGCCUAGUUAUAGGACCGUUGUUAAAUAGUUCUAAUGCAUUAUCACCACUAUAUCACCCGAUUAACCCACUCUUUCUGUCAGUCAAAAACCCGAAACACAAGGACGUGCGUGCUGUUGCCCCCGCUGUUGACCCACAUUCCCCAUCU